UAUUUGUCGGUUACCGCACUCAAUAAAUGAUAACGUUCCUGCGAUAUGAAUUUGCAAUCAAACAUAAUAUUUAUUUCUUCACAUUUCUAGAGUGCGCAAUCAGUCGUAAGCAGCGGACAAGUUCUUGCUUCUAUGUUCGCGAUAGGUUUGCUCUCAGCGAUUAGUGGUACCUAACCGAAGUCUUACGAAAUCACUCGAACGUAUUUUAAAAGUAGCAAUCGAUUUCGCUAGUUAAAUUAUUAAACAUGUCUUUUAAAGACUUGAAAGUGGAAUGUGUCGAGGGUGAACUGGCGACUGAACUAUCCAAUUGGUAUCCGCUUCAGAAACGCAGCUUCGUGAAAGUCGGUAAAAAAAAAUGGUUUUUGCCAUAUAAAUACGUUGAGACAGGUGACAAGAUAUAUAAUUUUGAAGUUCGUCCAGAUGAUACAUGGGUCGUUACCUAUCCUAGAUCAGGUACAACGAUGACGCAGGAACUUGUAUGGCUGGUGGCGAAUGAAAUGAAUUUCGACGAGGCACAACGAAGAUAUUUAUUAGAGAGAUUUCCCUUUCUAGAAAUAGGAGCAAUAUUAGAUGGCCAUAUUUCAACGAAAGACGUUCCUGGCAGGAUUAAUACGGAAAAAGAUAGCGUCGAAUUCGUACGCGAACAGCCUUCGCCACGUUUCAUUAAGAGUCACAUGCCUCUCGAACUGUUGCCGACAGUCGUAAAUAGUACUUGCAAGAUUAUCUACGUUGCAAGAAAUCCAAGAGACACGGUAGUAUCAUGGUACUAUUUCCAGAAAAACUUAGUACAUUUCCAAUAUCAAGGAACUUUCGAAGAGUUUUGUAAUAGUUUCAUGAAUGAUCACACAGUGUGGUCUCCAUACUGGGAACAUGUGAAGGAAGCUUGGGCGAUGAGACACAGAGCAAACAUGAUGUUCCUGUUCUAUGAAGAUUUGAUAAGGGAUUUAUCUGGAAACAUAAAGAAAAUUGUUGCGUUCUUCGAUAAGACUUACAGUGAUGAACAGAUCGCCAAAUUAGUGGAGCACUUAAAAAUAGAGAAUUUUCGAAAAAAUCCUAUGGUAAAUCAGCCGAGUCCCGACAAUGUGAUGCAAUCGGACAUGUUUAUCCGGCAAGGAAUAAUAGGUGGUUGGAAAGAGAUGUUCACACCAGAGAUCGAAAACAAAUUUAGCAAAUGGAUUAGUGACAAUUUAAAGGACACGGAUUUGAUUUUUCCAUGUUAGAUUUGUUAUAUGAUAUAAUAUAAACAGUUGUAAUUGCAACUUUCUGUUUAAUCAUAUUUUAAAUAAACAGAGUUACUAAUAAAAGCUUACAAAAAUAAAAUUA